CGGUGUCAGGGUCUCAGUACUGGGUGUUUUGUAUAGUGCGUGUUACGUUACCAUGUUUGCUUUUGAGGAUUUAAUUACAAAUUUACAGGACUGUAUGAUAACCGAAGACAAAAUUACAGACCAUGUCAGACAAAGACUUAAGCUGUUUUUUCAGAAGUUGUCUGAAGCUUCCAGAAGUAGUGUGAAAAGAUGCAAGGAGCGCUGUUUGGAGGAGGCUGCCCAACUACUGAGGCCACUUUCAGCGACAGAGCUCCAUCUUUUGAAGGAGAGACAUGUCCUCCUACUUGUCAGAGUCCUCAUCUCUCUGCAGCUGCAGAUGGGUAAUAGCUCCACAGCCAGCCGGAAAGUGGACCAGAUGCUGAAGCAUCUCUCCAACAUGAACCACCAGUUGGUGUUUAGGGAAAUCCACCACUGUUUGAGCUCCAUAACCCAAACUGACCAGACAUUAUCCAUGGAGGAUCUGCAGAGAGUCUGCAUGUUCCUGGAAGAAAGCAGUGUUGCUUGUGAGGUGUGGCGUGUAUCGUAUAUGUCCUUGCUGAAUAAACUGGCUGAGCUAUUUCCAGUUGUGCUUCGAGAAGAAGACCUGCGAGAUGGGCCAUUGUGCUAUAUUUCUGUCAAGGUGUGUCUUCAGAUAUUUCAGCUGUUGUCUAAUGAAUUGGCUCCUUUCGUGUGGAGAAUGGAACACAGGAGCCCAACAUUGGAGACAAUCCUGCAGGCACUGAUGGACAUAAUCCUUGGACAGUGCUGUAGCAGGGACUCUCGUCUUUUGGCUGGCACUGCUGUGGCCAUGCUGGUUAACACAGCACCAGAGAGCAGAGCUGGAGGAGAUGCUGCCUGGAGUCUCUUGCAGGUUUCUGACACAGAGCCCUGGCUGCUGAUUGUUGGUGGUCUACAGGUGCACUGCAGACCCAUAGUGAAGGACAGACUGGACAGGGUGGCUGUGAGCAGGGGCCUUCUGACCUGCUGCAGAUCUGACAUUCUAGUCGGUUCACGUGUUGGCACCACAGAGAAGUAUUUACUGCUGAAUGGUUUGUUUCCUCUGGUCUAUGGACUGUGUGAAGAGAAGCUGAAUUGUUAUGCAUUCGAAGUAUUAACACUAUGGCUAAAGAAAGUCAAAGAAUGUCUGAGUGAUAUCUGGAAGCUGAGCGGUGUUCACCUUUUGUCCGACAAUGGCUGCCUGCAGCGUCAGCUCAUCCAUAUUAUCUGGACCAAUGCUGAAAGUCCUGUGGAAGGUGUGUCGGAAUUUGUGCACAGUGCUUUUUGUGUGCUGCUCGAACUCUAUGAAAUGGAAUGUAAGCAGUUUGGUGACCAAAAGAAGACUCUUUAUUCAGCUCUGCUUCAACGUGUAGCUAACCUUCCAUGGAAAGCCAAAGCCAAAUAUUACCACCUUUGUGCUCUUCUCCCAUAUUUGGGUGUAGACCCGGUGCUGGACCAAUAUGCUGAACUACCCAACCAUCUCCUGAAGUGCCUGUCAACCAAUCACCUGUCACCGUGUGCAUCAGAACUUUACAAGUGUCUGAUUCGACAGCAGAGACAAGAACUCUGUGAUAGCUCAAAUGGUGCUGCACCCACUGAGCUGGACCUAGCCAAUCAGUGGGUAAGGCGCUGGAGUGCCUUGCUUUUAGAGGGGCUGACUUCAGAUGUGAUGCUUCUACAGAACAACUGUUCAACACAACUUUUACCCUGCACCUUUCACGUCUUCCCUUCAGCUGUGGUGCCUCUACUGGCCUCACUAGACACAGCUGUCCAUGGCCAUCUUCAUGCCUGGGCCUGCAUCAUGAGUUCUCAUCGAGCCACAGUUGGAGACUCAACAUGGGCUUUGCAAGGAAGUUCAGCCUUUGAAACCCUCCAUUUAGCUCUUGGAUCUUGUGACGACAAGGUCCGUCUUGCUGCUCUUAACCUUCUCUGUUACAGCCCAAAAACUAAGGCUGGCCCAACCCCAGAGGAGAUGUCAGUAAUGAGAAUGUUCAUUCCUCAGAACCUUAACUGUGAGUCCUCCCCAUUUCGGCAGCAUUUUCAGGCAGCAGUGAAAAGGUUUCUUGUUCGCAUUAGAGACAGCUGUUUGGCACAUUUGAGAAGUCAGAAGAGCAAAAUGAAUGGAGAUCCCAUUUACUCAGAGAUGGCAAAGGAUUCACUGGACCACGGAAUAGGAUUUGUGGAAUGGUUGUCCAAGCUUCCAUACUGUUACCUAUCAGCAGGACACAAUUAUCAGAGGAAGAAGACAGUGUUACUGUUGCUGUCUGCACUGUUGGAGACCUGCACUGACACUUGGACUCCAGACAAAAAGAAGGGACAACCACCAGCAAGCAUUGGGUGUCUCAUUAACUAUGCCAGACAAAGAGGACAGUGGAACUUUUUCAGCAGGGAAAAACAGCUGGUCUUACUCACCUGUUUAGAAGAUUCUACAAAUGAGAUCCGAGAGAUUUCUGCAGCGUUAUUGUUGAGAUAUUUCCCACCCAGCCUUCCAGAUGAUAUUGCUGCUGUGCUGCUCACUCGAAUCAAAGAACGUCUAUGCAGUCCUCGUGUCCAGGAAGCUCAGAUGAGUGCAAUAAUGAUGAAAGUCUUCCUACAGAAAACACAUGAGUUUGGGGACUGCAGUCUGAACAGUAGAGUUACUGUCAGUGGUUCAUCUAACCCUGAGGCCUCCAGUGUCAUCAGAUUUCUGGUGAAGGAACUAGAGGCACACUACCUCACAGCCAAGGCCGACAUGAUGCUUUCUGCUCGAACCAAGCCAAUACAUGGUGUUUUGGGCACCAUUCAUAGGUGUUUGCUCGAGGCUCCCACUAGUGUCUGUGACACACUUGAUCAGAGCAUGGUCACUGAGAUAUUAGACUUGCUGGCAAAUAUCUCUUCACUUCUGCUGGGUGUACUGUAUGGAGAUCGGGGCACCUGUGCCAGUGUGAGAGAUGCACCUCCAUCUUUUUGUGAUAUGGGUAAAGCCAUCACUUCUCUGAUAGCUGAAGCAUCUGCAGGGAACCAAGAGGAUACAGAGGACUCCAUCCUUCUGUCAGAAGAACAUAGUCUGGUUCUCACCUGUUGCUGGGUAUCUCUCAAGGAAAUCGGAAUCUUAAUAGGUUCACUGGUGGAGAAAAUUCUGUCCGAUUCCAAACCCAACUUGUGUCUUUUAACACUAGAGGACCUUAUAAAGGCUUCAAAAAUAUUCAAAGAUAUUCUUCUCAAAUGCCGACACUGGGGGGCAGUAGAGGGAUGCUGCACAGGCUUCACCAAGUUCUGUGCUUCUCUGUUGAACACUAAUGAUCCUGAGCUUAAAGUUAUCCCAGCCCACAUGUUGCAACAGGGAUUACAGGUACUACAGUCUCCGCCUUCAACAUCGGUGACACGGAGGGCUGCAGGGUUGCCUAUGCUUAUUUUGUGCAUCGUGUCAGCAGAGGAAGCUAGUAAAUCACGACCAUUAUUGACCAACAGUAUUCAUGUCUUAUUGAAGACAGCCAGAACCCCUCUACCUCAGAGCUGGGACCAAACUCUGGACCUCACACAGGUGUGUGCAGUUCAUACUCUGCAGGUUCUGAUGCGUGGUUCUGGGCUGGGAGUAGCUGUGCUUCACUUUGCCCCCGCUGUAGCUGUUCUGUCACUCACUCUGCUCAGUUCUCCUUGCUGGGCAAUGAGGAAUGCUGCUCUACAACUUUACAGUUCCUUGUGCUCGCGAAUGCUUGGCCAGAGUCCCAGAGGUGAGGACGGCGGUCCUACCCAACAUGGCAUGUCUCCUGUUGCGUUUUUCUUCCACUACCCUGGACUCCAAUCCUUCCUCCUGGAUGAGCUGAGAGGUGCAGCAAAAGACCUUCAGGUUCCACCGGAUGAUGCCAAGCUACGACUCCAGCCUUCGCUCUAUCCCGUGCUUACACUGCUGGCCCAACUCCAGCCUGGAGUUCCAGACUCAUCAGAAUCUCUGUCAGAUUUCUUUGCUCCUUUGCUGCAACUGUCUGCCAGUCCCAUUUACAAUGUCAGAGUGAUGGCCUCAAAAGCACUGGUUGCCAUGCUGCCUCCCUCAAAGUACAUGAGCAUCCUUACCCAACUCACAGCUGAACUGCCCAGCCCACAGGAGCACUGCUGUCACAACCGACUCCAUGGGCAGCUGCUGCAGAUUAGAGCUCUUGUGGAGAGAACUCUCUGCACAGACAGUCCUCAGUCAGUCAACCUGUGUGAGGUGGUGAGCAGGGUGGAAUCCUCACUGUGGCUUGCAACUGGAGCUCAACGCUGCCCCCUGGUGCGAGCAGCGUAUUUGGAGGUGGCCAGCUCACUAAGAAGUUUCUGUUGUGAAGUCUACCUGGACACACUCAGUAACACACUCAAGUGUGAGCUUUGCACACCUCAACAGGGACUUCAGGUUGGGCUGGCAUCCUUCCAGCAGAAAGCCAUCCAGUUUCUAUGUGCAGACCAAAAGUGGGCAUAUCAGAUGUGGGACAGCUUUUCUACAGUGAGCCCUGAUUUGAGGCUGGCACUAUUCACUUGGGUGAUAAAUGGGCGGGGCUUGCUGCAGAGCAGUUUGAAACAGGCGAUCCAGGGGGUAUUACAGUCAAACCUGAAGGAGGCGUUAAGGAGCCGCUCUCUGGAAUACCGUAGGAACUACCUCACAGCCAUGGUUGCAGUGAUGACUGAGGGUGAUUGGACUUCACUCCAUCAUCCUUGUCAGUCUCUUGCACUGGACGUUCCAGUUCUGCUGGAUUGUCUGGAUUUGUUGCUUGUGAUCCUUGAGGACCAGGCAGGUGGACCGGAGUUCCUGUCUCAGAGUCUGUACGCUGCUAGCCUGCUGCUGGCUCGGUGCUCACACUCCAGUCUUCAGUCAUCCACAUGCCAGCGCUGGUGUAGCAUUUUGGAAGGUAGGCGGUCCCCAGUUGUCCCUGAGGUACUCAGGCUGGCCUGUGCCGAAGCUUUGUGCCUGGCUGGAGUUGUCUUAAUGAGACUCAGCCUGACAGAAAAGAGCUUCUUACUCACAGUCAAGAUCAGGUUGAUCGACACGGGCCUUUACCUGCUACAGGAUCAAAACCAGGAAGUGAGGAUGAAAGCAGCAUGUUUUGCCUCCAUUUUGCACCAUGAGAGGAGAGGAGAAGGACAGAGCAGUCUCUAUCUCAUGCAAGUCAAUCAGGCAGUGCCCAUCCUAUUGGAUCUACUGCUGGAGGAAUGCUGGGAUACACCGGCUACUUUGGAGUUGCUGUUGAGUCACCUCCCUCAGUCUGACCUCCAGUUUAUACUGAGAGGACCCUCGGAGGAAAGCUUCAUGAGUCUGUAUGAGCAGGACGAGGCCAACGUGUUUGCAGAACCAUCUGUGAUGUGCACACACAUCCUCCCUUACUUACUGCAGAUGGCUGAGAAGUACUCUGAAUCCUCUGCAUUAGCUUGCUGCAUGGAUGUAUGGGCCGAGGAGAGUGCUGCGCAGAUCCUAGACAGCCUUGCACUCUGCAAAGACAGUCAGCCUGCUGCAAACCUGACCCACGCCUGGACAGCUGUUCUUGUUGAUCCUCGUUUCCACAUCGCCCUGUGCGGCCUCUUUACCCGGGCCGCCUUUCUCCUCAGACUGCUGCAAACAGCUGAUGACGUGGGACCCCUCUGUGACCCUUCAACACUGCACCAGAGCCUACUGGAGGUUUUUAGUCUGCUUUGUCAAAGUGGCGUUCACUUGCCUUCAGCUUUCACAGCCACAGUAACUUGGAAAGGUGCCAUUAUGGCAGAUCGGGAAUGCUGUACCCUCAGCGAACAAAGCUAGGUGACUGAGGUUCACUGUAUAGUUGCGUGUGGAUAAUCUAAUGCCUGUGAUGUUGGUGUUACUAAUUUAGUGUUGAAUGUGCCUUGCAGUUGCUGCUGCAUUAAUGCUUAAGCAGCUGGUAAGCUGACGUGUAAGAGUUCAACAGCUGCAGUCCAGCCAGUUUAAUUCAGGAUCAUAUUAAGUCUUCCUAUUCAUGCUAAAACUGCAUUUAUAAUUUAAAUGUUUUUAAAAGAAGAAAGUGUUUUAAUGCAGACUUGCAGCACCAGUAGGGAGUUGAAUCAACUGCCCUCAUUCUUAUUUACUUUCAUUCUACCGUCUGUUCGUCGCUAUAUUUAAUAACAGUCAGGGCUCAGACUGACUCAAUGAUGUAAUCCACCAAUAUUAGGAGGAAUCAUCUCCAUGGCACUCAGCAGGGAAUAAAUUGUCGACCAUAAUGUUCCAUUAAAGCCA